AUGCCUCUGUCCCACGUCCUCCUGACCCGCACUCCGUCCUCACUCCUCCCCCUUCCAUUCCCUUCAGUUCGGGCCUUCACGUGGAGGGCGAGGGGGCAGCGCGGCGAGGCAGCAGUGGAGGCGUUCUCUGCUAAAUCCCCGCCUUCCUUCCUUCAGGGCUUCACGGGGGCAGCGCGGCGGGGCAGCAGUGGAGGCCGCGGCGGGACAGCAGUGGAGGCGUUCUCUGCUAAAUCCCCGCCUUCCUUCCUUCAGGGCUUCACGGGGGGCAGCGCGGCGGGGCAGCAGUGGAGGCGUUCUCUGCUAAAUCCCCGCCUUCCUUCCUUCAGGUCUUCACGGGGGCAGCGCGGCGGGGCAGCAGUGGAGGCGUUCUCUGCUAAAUCCCCGCCUUCCUUCCUUCAGGGCUUCACGGGGGGCAGCGCGCGCGGCGGGGCAGCAGUGGAGGCGUUCUCUGCUAAAUCCCCGCCUUCCUUCCUUCAGGGCUUCACGGGGGGCAGCGCGGCGGGGCAGCAGUGGAGGCGUUCUCUGCUAAAUCCCCGCCUUCCUUCCUUCAGGGCUUCAUGGGGGCAGCGCGGCGGGGCAGCAGUGGAGGCGUUCUCUGCUAAAUCCCCGCCUUCCUUCCUUCAGGGCUUCACAGGGGGCAGCGCGGCGGGGCAGCAGUGGAGGCGUUCUCUGCUAAAUCCCCGCCUUCCUUCCUUCAGGGCUUCACGGGGUGUCAGUGGAAGUGGGGCGGCAGGCCGGGUGACACGGACGGAGAUUGAGGUACAACAGCAGAUUGGCGUUGGUGGGGACGCCUCCUGA